AGGACCAAACUCCUCAGAAAAUAGUCCGCUCGUUCAAAAAUGCGGAUGCCUAGAAGACGAACGAAUCUACUCAUACUCAUCAUCACAUUUCUCAUCUUCACAGACACCGUUUCAACGAGUUCAGAUCCAUGUCUCGAUAGCCAAAUUGAAGACCCGUCACAACUACAUUUGCCGUCACAAUAUGCAAAUUUGACGCCUCCGUGGCAACGAGCAGAUGGAAAAUUGGCAAAGGUUUCACGAAGCGAGGGCCUGACCUAUCAUUGGAGUUGGAUGAAAUCACUUCAAGUGAAAGGACUAUCGAAAACUGUUGAGGAUAUUAUCGGAUUUCUGACUGAUAAUCAAUGCAUAUUUGUUCCAGUCGGACCGUUUGUUCGAAGUGUGAUUUUGGGCAAAAAGACGGUUUAUGUUAGUGGAGAAGUCAGCUGUCAACUUCAUCAGCUCUACGACAAAUGUGUGCUGAAAUUCGGAGCCGCCGGCUGCUCACUCUACCCACUUGAAGAUGAUGGUGGCUGGGGAGCGUAUCGAAUGGAAAUCGGCGACGCCAGCAGUAAUCGGAGCACAUUUACCGCGAGAGCCGAGCCCAUCGUGAUCUACGAGUGGAGAUCAGUGCUCGGUGCUCCACUCGAUAAAUGGAGAUUUACUGUCGAUACACUUGCAAUGUUUGAUGAUGGAGCCGGAGAUUUGUUCUUGAUUGAUCCAACUGGAAAUGGUUAUUUAGAUGUUUGUGAGAAGAAGAUUGCACCGACGGCCGAGAAUUGGGAUAAAUGGGGCAAAAAUCAACAGAUGAAAUUGAUGGGAUUCUACGACCUGCGCUCCGAUGGGUUUGCUCCAAAAAACGAGACUCUUCAAAAAUUCAUAAACGUAAAAAUCAAGUCUUCCUCCGAUAAACGUGUUGCUCAACAAUUCUACUGUGAACACGUACUGAAAGGUGUUUCAAAUUUGGAAGGAACCACUCCAGUAUGUCAUACAAUGUAUCCGGAAAAAGAAGCAGCAAGGAAAAUUGGACAAAUGAGAACUAUUAUGAUUGAUGAAAUGGGAACCUCAUGGAAUUCCUCCAUCGGAAAAGCCGCCGACGACCUUGAAGCAGUGUUCUGCACCGCCCGUCAAUACGUCCAAAUUCGCUCCCGGCUGCUCCACAGAGUUCCGUCUUCCAACGAUGAAAAAGCGGCUGUCGAGGAUCCGCCGAAGCUAAUUCAAAACGGAAAACCAAUGAUCAACGAUAGUGCUCAAGUUCAUGCUCGGCCGAUUCUGAAUAUGGCUGCAAAGUUGCCAGAGCUGCCGGUAGAAUAUCCAAGUGUACCACGGGCUCAGCCGAAUGAGAAGCUGGAAUUUGUGGAGCCACCAGAGCUUGGAGCCGGAGCACAAGAUCCCCGAGCAAUUGAGAUACUUGGGAGCCGGGAUCAUCCGGAUCCAUGGGAUGAGGUGGAGCAUCAAGAGGAUCGGGAGGCUCAGGAGGAUCAGGAAACAAAAAGAACGCUCGGGGGAGCUCCAGCAGAGGAAGAAGCCGCCGAUUUUUCCCAUCACAAUGCGGUUCAGACCAAUAAUCUUCCGGUGAUGAGAUUCGAUAAAGUUGAGGAGGAAGAGGUUGAGCAGAUCUCAUCGGCGAUGGAAAUGUCUACGGAAAAUGCUGCGUCGAAUUGGAAUAUUUAUGGAUUUUUGAUGAUUUUCUGUGUUUUUUAUUGCUUGCUGGACUAG